GCAAACAAAACGCGAGCUUUCCUCUAACACUGCGGUUAACCUCAUUUCUUUUCCACACUUCAGGUUGUUUUAUUGUGAUUAAAAGACAGGAAAAACAAGUGGAAUGUUGCUUUAAAUGGGAAAAUUAUAUAAAUAUAUAGAGAUGACUGAAGCAAAUGACGCACAGAGCCUGAACGGAGGAGCGCGCGCUGUUAUUUGACGCGGCACCGGUGGUUCAGUUUGGACAUGCACGCGCGUGAACGACUUUAAAAUACAGACACUUGUGACUCCAGCAGCCAUGUGUUCAUGCAGCCCUUUGGGCUUGGUAGUCUUCCUUCUGAUCAUUAGCAGGAUCAUACAGGUUUCAAGCGCCAGUGCUGAAGAGGUCCUACCUCCGACCAUUCAAAAACUGAUGAAGGGCUACAACAAGUACCUGAGGCCUUUCUUCGGCAAUGGUCCUGUUACUGUUGGCAUGAGUUUGGAUAUUGCCAGCAUAGAUACUAUAUCAGAGAUCAACAUGGACUACACAGCAACUAUCUUCUUGCGGCAGCGUUGGACAGAUGAGCGUCUGUGCUUUGAUGGGAAUAAGAGUCUGAGUUUAGACGGCAGGCUGGUGGAGCUUCUCUGGGUUCCUGACACGUUCAUUGUGGACUCCAAAAAAUCCUUUCUUCAUGACAUCACUGUGGAGAACAGACUGAUCAGGAUAUUUCCAAAUGGCACUGUGCUUUAUGCACUGAGAAUUACCACCACAGUGGCCUGCAGUAUGGACCUGACCAAGUAUCCAAUGGACAAACAAACAUGCACACUUCAGCUAGAAAGCUGGGGUUAUAAUGUGAAAGAUGUGGUAUUUUGUUGGACACGUGGGAACCAGUCGGUUAGUGGACUUGAUACUCUGCAGCUGGCCCAGUACACUUUAGAGGACUACUAUACCUCAGAGUCUGAAGCUGUUUAUGAGACCGGCAGGUACCCAAAGCUAAUCUUCCACUUCCAGUUGAGGCGAAGCAUCCUAUACUUUAUUUUGGAGACAUAUGUGCCAUCGAGUGCCCUAGUGGUUUUGUCCUGGGUCUCCUUCUGGAUCAGUCAGUCUUCUGUCCCUGCCCGUAUUUGCAUAGGUGUGACCACAGUUCUGACAAUGACCACAUUGAUGAUGGGUGCACGCACUUCUCUGCCUAAUGCAAACUGCUUCAUUAAAGCAAUUGAUGUGUACCUGGGCAUCUGCUUUAGCUUCAUCUUUGGUGCCCUCAUAGAGUAUGCUGUGGCCCAUUUCUGUACUUUACACCAACCCAAUGCUGCCAAUGCAUAUAAGUAUGGACAGGAGAUGCAGGAACGUGAGGAUGAAAUGAAUGGGAUUGUCACAUCCAUCGGCAGCCAUGCUCUGCGGGUACGCAAAAGGGAGGAGAUGCUGUCCCGUGCUGGCAGCAUUAGCAGUCCCACUCCCAGUGACACUAAAGAGGAAAAGCCAUCCUCCCAGCCCCAGAGCAGGUGCACCAAGUCCCUAUCAAUGCUACGCCGCAUUGUUUGUUUCCUGAACUGCUGCCAUGUGGAAAACCCACAUUACAUUGACAACUAUUCACGUCUGACCUUUCCUCUCUCCUUCAUCUUCAUUAAUCUGCUUUACUGGACCUACUACCUGUACUUUUAGUCUGUGUGCUUUUAUGAGUGUGAGAGAUUCAUAUCGCUGUCACAGCAUUUGGGGGAUUUAAUGCACUUUUCUCCUAGCAUGUUUUUGCUACAUGUAAGCUAUGCAUGUAGUAUGUAACAUAUUUAUUUCAUCCAACUGGAUGUGUUUUUGUUUGAAAUGGUACUGGUGGUAACAGAGGAUUAAAUAAUGAAGGUAUGUUUUUGUAAGAAGUAUGUGUUUUCAGUAAAUCUUUACAAAAAUACAGGAGUAUACAAUACAACUAAAAGAAUGACCGUGUGAAACAAUUGUGACUAAUUAUUUAAAAUUCUAAAUAAUGUAGAGCAGGAUCAGUGAUGUAAUAUUGAAGAGCAAGACCAAAGAUUAGAUGCAUUUUUAACAUUUUCUAAUGCAAAAGUGAAUGUUAUUAUAUGUUACACAGGUAGCAUUCUAUGGAUGAUUUCAGAUAUUGUUUUUUGAAUAUUCAAUGUUGUUGAGUUUUGUGAUUAUAAAAAACAAAAAAAAAUCCAAAUAUAUUCAAGAAAACUUUCAAAAUCCGCAGGCAAUAUUCAGAUUUGACAAUGCCACAAACAGAGGAGGAAGAAGAAGAACGCCUGGCAGGCAUGCAUUGUGGGACCGAGACAUGCAAGUCUCACUCUUCUUACGACUUAUGAUCACUUUUCCUGUCCCUAUCUAUUUCGGAAGUCAGGGGCUACCUGUAAUUUUAUGAUUAAUAGUUUAAGGAGCUGCAUUUUCCCUUAACUCUACUAUUUAAGAAAGCAUGAAUCUAGCAUGAAAAUAGCUCAGGUUUCUCUUCAUUCACGAAUAAAUCUUUCGCCUUUUACUAAAGAUUUCCAUGGAGAGGAACAUUGAUGAGUUCCGAAUAUUUUUGCAGGCUUUGCUAUUGCAAAGCUACUUGUUUAGAAAUUUCCCCACUGUGGGACGAAUAAAGGUUUAUCUUAUCUAUAAUAUUAUUGCAAUGUACUAUUUCCAUUAAUUACUCGACUGUUUAGCAUUAUUUUCUUUAGUCAAAGUAAAAGAUUUUUAUGUAAAAUUUAAUAGUAAAACAAAACUUACAACCAACAUUUUGGUCAACAUAAAAAGCUGGUUUUAUUUCGUGUACACACUGAAAUAUACUUAUUAUAAACAUUCCUCCAAUUUGCUGUAAGUUCUGUAGAGUGUUGCAAACUUAUUAUGGUUUUAUCACUAUCCUUUUCUUACACUGACCUUUGAAUAGAAACCUUCUAUUAACUAAAAUGAAUAAUCAGUUGUUUUACAGAUAUAAUGUCUUCCUACUAUAUUGAAUUUGCAACAAUGGCAUUAUUUAUUAGCAACAGUUUCUUAUUAAUAUAAAGUCUUUGCAGAUGUUUUGCAAGUAAAAUAAUUCCAGUUGUGCAUGAAUCUUGUGAAGUGAGAAAUAUGUCAUUGGCUCUAUUGUGUUUUUCCAUGCAUGGGAGAUAAUGAUGCAUCACUUCCCACAGCAGCUUGUGAGGAAGGGUGCAUGGUGUGGCUGUGGGAAGUUUAACAGUAAACUGGAUCAUAAUUGUAUCUGCAAUUUCAGUGUUUUAAGAUUUUUAAUAAUGAAUAAUAAAUCACUGCCCAAACUAUUUCAAGUGCUUCUUAGUUAAUUUAUUCAGUCCUUAUCCAGAACUAAGUGGAUGACGGUUCGUUCGUAAACAAUUUA